UUUAAUUCGUUCCGAAGGCUUUUUACUGGCAUAAGAAUGAAUAAGUCAAGCUGUCCGAAACAGGCAGGAGUUUAGACGUACGGUACCAGUUUCUCGUGUUAGUAACGUGAAUUAUCCCUUAUACAUCCGGAGUAUUCCAGCGGAGAAUAAACUGAAAUUCCAUUACAUGGUUCACACAUCUUUAGAUGUGGUGGAAGAAAAGAUAUCUACUGUAGGAAAAGCAUUAGUCGACCAGCGAGAAUUAUACCUGGGUCUGUUAUAUCCAACUGAGGAUUAUAAGGUAUAUGGUUAUGUGACCAACUCCAAGGUAAAAUUUGUCAUUGUAGUGGAUUCUUCUAACACAGCACUGAGAGACAAUGAGAUUCGGAGUAUGUUUAGAAAGCUUCACAAUUCAUAUACGGAUGUUAUGUGUAAUCCUUUCUAUAAUCCCGGAGACACCAUUCAAUCAAAGUCUUUCGAUACAAUGGUAUCAGGGAUGAUGCUGCAGGCAUGUUAAAAUAGUCUUCUAAACAAUCUCUUGUACAUAGUUGUUAUUGUAUAUUGAUGUUUAUCAAAAAAUAUUUCUGCCAAACUUUUCCAAGUAGUGUUUGUGUGAAAAUUCCAUUUUCAGUUCCGAUAUUAUGGCCUUUGUCCUACCAUAGACCAUAUUCAGAGCACAGGUAGUUGGUCAAAAAUCAAACAUGGUGUGACAAAUAAAAAAAAAGUCUAAAUACAAGAGUACAGCAGAAGUGAAUGAAGUGUCUGGUAGUGGACCCUUUCAGUACAACACAUACAGUACUAUGUUGGUAAUUGUAAUGCUGUAUUGUUAAAUUACAGCAGGUGCAUUAACAAUGAAUGACAUACACUGUAUACCUGCAUUUUUAAUCAGGUUUCUGAACCAUUUCUUCCCAGUUACAGAAAGUAAUUGCUCAUCUUAAUAGCAAUCACUGAUGGCAUGCUACUCUUUGAGGGCCCCCUCAUAUCGGGGCCAUUUUUUUUUUUAGCAAUGUCAGGCCACCUACCAUGUACAUCUUUGGGAUACAUCUGGAGUAUUGAGAGGGCUAAUAAUGCAAAGAAGAGCAUCGAAGUGCCACACAGUGGUAGAACCAAGUAUAUCUGUGUUUGAACCACCCAUUUAAUUAAGAGGACGGUUAUAUGAAGUCACGCAACCCCAAUGUCCUAACCUACCACCUGAUCUUGUUCCUGAAGUUUGUACUGGAGGUUAACAACUACCAUUUAUUUACAUAUACUGAAAUUAGCAACACAUACAAGACCUAGGAUUAUGGUGAUGAUCAAGGGUGAAAUCUGUAAAACAGAUAUAGAAACAGGUUUGACUCAUUGCUUAUAUUUGGGAUUAAUGCUGUACUUGUUUUAACUGUUUAAAAAAAAAAAAAAAGUCAUUUUUAUACAAGUGUUCCCAAAAAUAUUUAAAUCAUUCCAUACAUUAUACCAUAAAUAAAUACUUUACUGGUCGCACUAUCCCAUUAACUUUUCUAACUUAAUCUUUACUUGGGGCUUGCAGAAAAAGAUUAACAAAAAAAAUUUAGUACAUUCUAUAUUGUGUGCUUAAUGUGAAGAAAAACAAACUGAAUUCAUAUCAAUAUUACGACCCCUGAAUGCCAAUAACACAUUUAAAAACUGCCCCUUUGUCAACAGAACGAUCGAAACAAAGAACAGAAAAACUGCAUUCAUUUCAAACACUCAAAAUAUGCCUAGAAAUGGAGUGAAAUUAAGCCAUUUUAAAACUGAAGUAUGAAUCUGUUAAUAUAGGACAUUACUUGACCCUAAAGAGAACUGCAUUUUAGGCCCUCUAACAGGUUAGGUUAUAUACAUAUUUGACUGUGGCUUUAUUUACACUCCCCCAAACCCCCCAUCCCAGUUACAUGCAAUAGAAAAUUGGAUUUGCUAUCCCAUUUAAAAAAAAAAAAAAAAACCCAACAUACCAAAAAAACACAACCAUCUAUAUAUAGAUCUCUCUCUAAUCCAUAUAUCUAUGAAGAAAGUGUUCCAUUAACCAAUUUUUUUUUUUACAUUUAAAUCAUAUUCUAGUUUUAAAAGAUCAAAACUUACUGUGCAUGAACUUGUGUAUAAAUGUUAAUACAUUUGUAUCUGCCUUUAAUUAUUGUAACAACAUUCUCAAAUCCAGUUAGUCUUGCAACAGCAUAAAAGUUAAAGCUUGGCAGUAAAUCUUAACUUUAAACUCAUAAGGCCGAGAUCCUUAGCCAAAAUUUCUGAAUGCUGUACCCAUCACAAGGUAAACUGAUUUAACAAAAUAAACUGGCAAAAAUGUCCAUAUACAAGUUACUACAGGUGUGUAUGGGUUGGGGAGAAUUUUAUGCCAGUCAAAUCAAAACAAUGUUUUUUCUUAAGUUGUAAAUAUAAAAAAACUUUUCCUUAUCCAAAACAUGAGACUUUGUUAAAGAUACAAUACAGAAGAUCUGUGUAAGCUAGCAGCCCUUCAAUGAGAAGUUUCUAAAGUUGCACCAAACAGUGAAUCUUCCACAUAAUGAAUCAUAGUCAAUAUGUAAAAUAAAACUGAUGUAUUUUAUUUACUUAUUGCUUCUUUUCUUAAGGGGGAAAAAAAAA